AUGUAUGCUGAUGAAAUUAAAAUUCACGGCAUCUACGGUGGUGACAAUUACUACGAAGUACUUACUGCACUACAGACAUCACCAGCUAGGAUGUCUGACUGGGCUUCCAAAAGGGAUACUACGCGAGAUCAACGCAAAGCAGAAAGACCGCCGGCACGAUGGCCAGACUUCUUCAAUGGGACCUUAGAAGAAAAGUUGUGUCCUUCGCGUCUCAUGCGAAAGAAAAAACCAUUGAGUGACUCUGGCACGAGAUCCGGACUGAUGGAAGGAUUACUGGCGCCCGUUCGACCACCUCUACGAACCACGUAA